UCCUCACUACUAUAUAAUAAACACAACAAUUCUGAAAUCUUUACUCAUUCAAUUAAUAAUCCACUACACACUCACCCACAUGGCCCAAGUAAUGCCCAGCCAAUCCGCUUUCUCCGACAAAGCCAAGGAAGCCAUCGCCUUCGACCAAACCAAAACCGGCGUCAAAGGCCUCAUCGACGCCGGCGUCGACACCAUCCCCGCCCUCUUCGUCCAGCCGCCGGAAUUCCUCCCCGACCCCUCGACCGACGCCGCCCCCGGCCUCCAGGUCCCGGUGAUCAGCCUCGACGGCGUCGAGAGCGGGGGCGGACGGCGGGCGGAGGUGGUGGAGGAGAUUCGGGAGGCGGCGGGCGCGUGGGGGUUUUUCCAGAUCGUGAACCAUGGGGUGCCGUUGAGCGUGAUGAACGGGGUGUUGGAGACCGUGCGGCGGUUUAACGAGCAGCCGAGUGAGGUGAAGAAGGAGUUUUACUCGCGUGAUGAUUCCCAGAGGGUGAAGUUUUACUCCACGGGGUCGCUUCACUCGUUCCAGAGUGCUCACUGGAGGGAUACUCUCUCUGUCGAAUUUGAAGAUAGCGUUCCGGAUCCUCGAGGGUUGCCUGACGUUUGCAGGGAUGUUUACGUGGAGUAUGUGGGAUACACGGUGAAGGUGAGAAACAUGCUCUCUGAACUGCUCUCGGAGGCUUUGGGUCUGGACAGCGACUACCUUGCAAGACUCGAGUGCAUGGAGACCCAGAGAUUGAUUAGCCAUUACCACCCACCUUGCCCUCAGCCAGAACUGACUAUCGGCAGCACAAGCCACACAGAUGCUACUUUUCUCACCAUUUUGUUGCAAGACAGCAUUGGCGGCCUCCAAGUUCUUCAUCAAGACAAAUGGGUCAAUGUGCCCCCUAAGGAAGGUGCUUUUGUCAUCAAUCUUGGUGAUUUCAUGCAGCUUGUGACCAAUGAGAAGUACAGAAGCGUGGAGCACAGGGUGCUGGCUAAGAAGGUUGGUCCGAGGAUAUCGAUGGCGUGUCUUCUCGCCCCGAGCAAGAAGAACUACAACAAAAUCUACGGGCCGAUAAAGGAGCUCUUGUCGGACAGCAAUCCACCGCUAUACCGGGAUAUUACUAUCCCCGAAUUCUACGAAAUAUACUUGUCUAAAAGGCUUUACGGCGAUGCAGCACUUUCUCAUUUUUUGGUUCGAGUGAUGCUGAGUUUGCUUCUUGACUCCGGCCAGCGGCCUGGGAGUCUGGUUUGUCCGGGCUCCUCCUCAACCUCAAGAUUUGGUGGCGGGCCUGACGGUUCAGAAGGCGUAGAUGGUGGGUUGCGAAUAACGGCGAGGACCCAGAGAUCCGGCGGGUGGUGGGCGAAUAAUCCGGCGCCUAUUAAGGAAUGGUCUAUUGAUGGUGGUUUUUUGGUGUUUGUUUGGGAGCAGAUGGUAGUUCGGUGGUGUAACAAGGGUUGGUGGUGGUCCAGUGGUGUUGGUUUGGCUGCACAACAGUUCGAAUGGAAGAAAGCUGGUCUUAGAGCAGUUUGCUUUAUAGUUGUUAUUGUUAUUGUUUGCCUGCAGUUUUCAGUGGUGCUUACUACUGCUCGUACUACUAAAAUGGCCGAAGUCAUGACCAACCAGUCCGCUAUUCCCAACAGGGCCCAAGAAGCCAUCGCCUUCGACGAGUCCAAAACCGGUGUCAAAGGCCUCAUCGACUCCGGCGUCGCCAAGCUCCCCAGCAUCUUCAUCCAGCCACCCGGGAGCCGCCCCGCCCCGUCCGACGUAUGCACGGAAGAGCUCCAGGUCCCCGUGAUCAGCCUCGACGGCGGACGGAGGGCGGAGGUCGUGGCGGAGAUUCGCGAGGCGGCGGAGACGUGGGGGUUCUUCCAGGUGGUGAACCACGGGGUGCCGUUGAGCGUGAUGAGCGGGUUGCUGGAGGGUAUCAAGAGGUUCCAUGAGCAGCCGGGUGAGGUGAAGAAGGAGUUUUACUCGAGAGACAAUAAGGUCAAGUAUUACUCCACUUCGGCUUUGCACGUCAACCAGACUGCUCAUUGGAGGGAUACUCUUGCUAUUGAUUUUGAUAAGGCCAUUACUGACCCUCUAUCCUUGCCUCUAGCUUGCAGGGAAGCUUUUGUGGAGUACGUGAGCUACUUGUCCAAGCUGAGAUAUGCAUUAUCUGAAUUGCUUUCAGAGGCUCUUGGGCUCCACAGUGACUACCUUGAAGACAUUCAAUGCAUGGAAAGGCACAGGUUCGUGUGCCACUACUACCCGCCUUGCCCCCAACCCGACUUGGCUCUGGGUUUGACCCGGCAUUCCGAUCCUUCUUUUCUCACCAUUCUUUUGCAAGACAACAUUGGUGGCCUCCAAGUUCUUCACAAGGAUAAAUGGGUCAAUGUCACCCCUAUGGAGGGUGCUUUUGUCAUUAACAUAGGCGAUUUCCUGCAGCUAGUUACUAAUGACAAGUUCAAGAGCGUGGAGCAUAGAGUUCUUGCUGGAACGGUUGGUCCAAGGAUAUCGUGUUCGUGUCUUCUCUUUCCAACUGAAAAGAACCAUUAUAAAGUUUAUGGGCCGAUAAACGAGCUUCUGGCAGACGGCACUCCACCGCGAUACAGGGCUAUCUCCCCUAGUGAGUACGAUGACAAAUACUUGGCUCGAGGACUUGAUGGCAGCCAAGUCCUUGAUUGGUUUAGGCUGUGAUUUACAGGUACAUAGGAACACAGAAAUCAACCCUUGAAAGAAGCAUGCAUGGGAUACUCACAAGGAUGUGUUCCAUGCAAUUGAGCCUGUCUUUCGAGUGUUUUGAGACAUUUUCUCUGGCCGAGUUCUGUAUUCUUGCGUUCAGUAAUAUUGAUGUUAAAGACAUGUUAUGCCUAUGAAAGUUGUAGAGUUGUGUUAUGCCUAUGAAAGUUGUGGAGUUGUUCUGUUCUAGGGGGAAAUCUAAGUAUUGUGCAAGAGAUAUGUAUCUUUUAGAUUGGACCCUGAUAUAAAUAAAACUAGUCUUUACUUU